AUGGAUGGCAUUGUGAUGGAGGACCACGAGGAGGUGAAGCCGAAGGACCUCACUGCAGCAAUCUUCCUACUUGGAGGAGUUACAUUUGUGAUGUCUCUCUUUUACUUGGUGAAUCACCCGGACAUGGACAUUCGAGAUCACACCUGGAAAGUAAUCAACGCGACUGUUUCAAUCUUUGUCUCUGUACUGCUCUUCCAGGGCAUCACUGGUGUGUCCGAUCGAGUCAGCGACACCUAUUUGACUGGCCAAUCUCAUCAAAGUCUUGCAAAGAUUUGCUUUGCUUAUUUCACAUUCUUGGUGUUCUACUGCGCCCUUCAUGGCGUGCUGUUUAACUUGGCCUAUUCGACUGACGAGGAACGACCCAAGUUGGAGAGGAAAACCACGAGUUUCUGGGGGCUCCUUCCGGCCAGAAGCACAAUCUUGGUCGCCUCAGAGGAUGGAACCUUUGAGACAAAGCGCAAGCGGAAGAUUGCUUGUUGGGCGACCCUCCUGUCACACAUGGCUGGCUUUGCACACAUCCGAUGCAGCCUGGACCUGCAGCAGCUGGAGGUCUUCAAGGGCGCUUUGAGCAGAAGCCUGCCUCCAAGGGGUUUCACCUUUGGGAGAUGGGUGCAGAGGUGCCCUGGGGUGCCCUGGGGAAGCAGAAGACGAUGCCUCAUUGCUGCCAUCGGCAUUUCCUUCUCUUCAGUUGUGGUGCUACGUUACGCCUUCACCAAGCAGAUGGCCAAUGUCCUGGGUUUGGAGCUUCCGGUGGUGGAUCAUGCGAUGUAUGCAAAGAUUGCCAUAGGUUGUGCAACUCUGAUCUUCGCAUUAAUCUCAAUUCUCAUUCUGGUCUGUCUCACUAAGUUUCGAAGCCCAAAGAAAGGACAAGGAUAUGAAAGGGCACAAGAAGGACAAGAAGCAGAAGGAAGGUUUGCGAUUGUGGAAGACAGUCAGCGCAGGGACUACUUGACGAGAUGGAUCUUGAUUGCCAGCAGCACUUUUGCGACCGCCGCCUCAUGGUGCGGAUUGUAUGCAUCGAAGUGGUUUUUGUAUGGAAUUGAAAUCAAAGAAGACGAGCACACCAAUCCCAACUCUUGCAUUUCUCGCGUAGUCCUUGCCCUGCUGGAGCUCGAAGCGGAGAAACCUACCCUCUUGAAAGUUGUGGGAGCUGAUAGCAAAAGGCCAAAAGAUGGCCUGGAGCUCAGAGUCCUCCAGCGUCACGGCCGCGCACCGUUGCCUCCGGAGCCGCAGCAUCUCCCGAGCAGCGAAGAUGAGGUGAUGGAGGAGUUUUCUGAGAUUAUCGUGGAAUACAAGACAAACUUCUACGUAAGUAGCAUCCAAGUGAGACUCCCUGAGAAGCAACAGCAGUUGCCCCACAGUGUCAUUGACUUUGACGGCUACAAGUUCUUCACUGGUCCCAACAAUGAAUGCAAGUUCCAGCUUGGAGAUAAGAGCUUGCUUCCCGACAACGACACUCAAGUAGCUCGGGAUAUGGCAGGUUCUGGUGAGAUCAGCAAUUGUGCGGCAGACAACAGUGACACCAGCGACGUGAAGCCUCGCCGGUCUUCGGCCUUGCUGAAGUUUCAUCCUCAUCCCUUUGAGCACAAUGUCAGUGGAUGGAGAUAUUUUUCCAUGAUGAUCCGAAACGCUCAGAGCACGCCGUUGAGAAGCUCCAUCAACGGCCAGGAGGCGAACACCUUCCAGAUUGUCGUCAACACACCUUGGGAGACAAUUGCAGAGAUGUCUUUUGAAGCGCUGGAGAUCCAGCAAGUUUGGGUUUGCAGUUACUCUCCCUGGUUCGUGACCACCCCAUGCACUGCGGACUGUGGUGGUGGCUUCCGCACCAGAGUUCGAAGGAAGCUGCAUGCGAAUCCCGAAGGCUACAAUCCGAAGCUCCUGAAGAGCUGUGAUGAGAAUAUCGAAGAGCACGAGUCCUGCAAUACGCAAGAAUGUGAUGUUGACUGCCAGUUGAGUGAGUGGACUCCUUGGGCCAAUGGUGAAUGCUCUAGAAGUUGUGGCAAUGGCAUCAUGGUGGAACGUCGCAAUGUUGUGAUGGGCCCCAAAGGCAAUGGAAAGAAGUGCCCUCCCUGGUCUGCUGAGGGAGAGCGUGUUCGAGUGGUUCCCUGCAACCCAGAUCCGUGCCCUGCGAGCUGCACAGAGUCAAGUCUCGACUUUGAGGAAAUGGUCAAAGACUCCAACAGCAAACUCCUGGUCUUCAAAGAUGUUCCCCAGCCGGGUGUCAGAGCCAUUGAGGAAGCCGAGGCAGCGGCGGCUGAUGAUCAAAAUGAUCAAAAUGAUCAGAGCGAAGAGAAUGAGGAGACACAGAACGAGACCUCCACGAAAGAAAGCGAUGAAGAGUCCCAAGAAGCCCAAGAAGCCCAAGAGUCGGAAGAUCAGGCUGGCAUUGGUGAAGGUGAAGAUGAUUCGAAGGUUGAUGAGGAUGCCACGCAAUCCUUGCUGUCCACCCAAGAGACGCCAGCAAUUCAAUUUGGCUUUUCCAAAUCAAGCUGCUCUGAGCCCUGUGGUGGUGGACGCCGACUGGUGCUAGCACCAUCAGAGCAGAAGGUGUCAUCAGGGAAGGAGGACAAGUCCUGCUACACCGCCUUUGAGGAGGACUGCAACACUUUCGCGUGUCGACCUUUGAUGAUUCAGCCGGCCACAGCUUGGCAGUUCCCUGUUGCUGGCAAGUGGUUCAUGGUGGACGUGGAGUUUGUCAUUGAGGAACUGGCAGAAUCCUUGACGCUUCGUGCGCCUCCUGAUUUCCUGUUGGCUGCCACUGGUGAGAGGAGCGAGUGCUUCUUGGUGGAGCAUAGCUUGCCGAACUUGGAGAACUGCACGGUGUAUCCUGGUCAAACCAGUGACAAGACCGGUCCCAUCAUUGUGUUGGACUUUUCCAAUCCCCUGGAACCGCAAACCUCUUAUACCACGAAGCAAGACUGGUACUACAUGCGCUUUUGGGUUCAACAUCCUGAGAAUUGUAGUGGUGGAAAGACUGCAGAUGGCCGAUGUCUUGGUCUGGUGGGCGAGCGGGAAUGGACUUUGUCGCUCAAACUGAGCGAACCCAACUCGCUUUGGGAAGAAGUGAAAGGCUCCUACGAGAUCUUUGUGGAUGAGAAAUGGGCCAAAGCCGCGUUCGAAGCCAACGCGGCCAACGGCCGCCCUUUCGCCGACGAGGCGGAAGAGGUGGACGCGGAAGCGUCGGCGAAGGAUGCCCCCGACGGCUCGGAUGGCGAUGGCGGCGAUGGCGGCGAUGGCGGCGAUGUGAAGGAAGAUUCCUUGAUGGAAUCGCAGUGCGUCAUCAAUUUGACCCAGCCAAACGGCUCUUUGGCCGACGCCGACACUAAGAUCUACUUUCUGGACAAGCUGUCGGAUUUGGAAUCCACUGAUGACGACGCAGACCAUGCGAUUGAAGAGGCCAUUGGCGUAUCUGUGGGCUUUGCUUGGGAGCAGGCAUUUGAUGCUGGAGUGGAGACGAUUGGUGAACGCACCGAGUCUUUAGGGAAAUGGUACCCAGUUUGGGCUCGACUGGGCUUCGCGCUGAUGAUCAGCGCCGUGAUGAUCCCGGCGUGGAGGCUUUAUUUGAUCAAGAGAUCUCUGGAAAAACACGUACAGUGCAAGAAAAAGAACAAGGAGGGCGCUCACGGUGGUGACAACAAGUGCGAAGCUGUCCUUGUAAUCGAUGCCAAACACUGUGUCUUGGUUCGGUGGUUACAAGAAAAGCGGGACCGGGAAGCACCCCAGUUGGAUCAUUUCCAGGGGGGCAACUUUGUGGUAGUCGGGCAGUUGCUAAACGGAUGUUUUUUUUGA